CAAUCACAAACAAAUAUGGAAGAUUAUUGAAGCUUAUGGCAAAGCUGUGUCUUCAACAAUAUUUUACUUGAUUUCUGCUGACAUCCAACUUUAACUGAUCAGAAAAUUACAUUAAUUGUGUUCCGAACUUUCGCAAUCAUGGACAUACAACAACUUGAGUUGCUAUGUAAGCAAAUGUACCAAGCACAAGAUUCGUCGAUCCGAUCCGAAGCAGAAAAGGCAUUGGUAGCUUUCCAAGACAGCUGUGAUGCACUACCGAAAUGUCAACUGUUGUUAGACCGCGGAGAUUCCAGCUAUUCGCAAUUGUUAGCCGCAACAACAUUGACCAAAUUGAUUUCAAAGAAUGUCCAGGGACUCAGUUUGCAGCAGCGCAUCGAUAUUAGGAAUUACAUUCUGAACUACUUGGCAACUAGGCCCAGCCUGGAGAAUUUCGUCAUUCAGGCGCUGGUGACUCUAUUGGGGAAAAUCACAAAGUAUGGAUGGUUCGAUCAACACAAAGAGGAGUUAGUGUUUCGGAACGUUCUUGAUGAUGUGAAAAAAUUUCUUCAGGGCUCUGUGGAACAUUGUAUGAUUGGAGUGCAGAUACUAUCACAACUCACAUGCGAAAUGAAUCAAAUGUCCGAGGUUGAUAUAUCAUUUUCGUUCACAAAACAUCGAAAGAUUGCAUGUUCCUUCAGAGAUACCCAAUUGUAUGACAUAUUCUGCUUGUCGUGCAAUUUAUUAAGUACAGCCAGAGACAACAGCAAAAGUUUAAACUUUGCGGAUGAAUCGCAGCAUGGGUUGAUGAAUCAAAUAUUGCGGCUGACACGGAACUGUUUGAGCUUCGAUUUUAUUGGUACAUCAACAGACGAAUCCAUUGACGACAUGUCUACGGUACAGAUUCCCACAAAUUGGAGACCAGCAUUUCUAAACCUUGACACAUUGAAACUGUUUUUCGAUUUAUACCACAUACUUCCAAGCCGACUGUCCAGUUUGGCUUUGAGUACUCUAGUGCAAAUAAUUUCCGUGCGAAGGUCUCUGUUCAGUAAUUCGGAGCGAGCAAAAUUUUUGUCCCACUUGCUGAACGGCAUCAAAAAUAUACUUGAAAAUUCCCGCGGCCUCAGUGACCCCGAUAAUUACCACGAAUUUUGUCGAUUGUUAGCUAGACUAAAGACAAAUUAUCAACUGGGCGAAUUGGUGACAGUGGAAUCGUAUCCCGAAACAAUUCAAUUGAUAGCAAAAUUUACCGUUCAAUCAUUACAAAUGUGGCAAUUUGCUCCAAACAGCGUACAUUAUUUGCUGUCGCUGUGGCAACGAAUGGUAGCUUCAGUUCCCUAUGUCAAAGCUUCCGAACCACAUUUACUGUCCACAUACACACCAGAAGUGACCAAGGCCUACAUUACAUCCAGAUUGGACUCAAUGAGAAUAAUUGUUCGGGACGGUCUGGAAGAUCCACUUGAUGAUUUGGGUUUAGUUCAGCAGCAGUUAGAACAACUUUCGGUUAUCGAACGGUGCGAAUACGAAAAAACUUGUGCUCUAUUGGUGCAACUAUUCGAUCAAACAGCUGGUGCUUAUCAGGAAACAUUAAGUCAGCCGGUACAACAUUCUAUUGAGUUAGUUAUACAGGAGGGCCAAUUGACGUGGCUGGUAUACAUCAUUGGUUCGGCAAUCGGUGGACGUUUAUCGUUUACGGCUGAUGACGAACAUGAUAUAAUGGAUGGUGAAUUGGUGGUUAGGGUAAUUCAAUUGAUGAACUUAACGGAUGCCCGUUUGCCUCGCAUGGGUUGUGAGAAACUAGAACUUGCCAUGAUUAGUUUCUUAGACCAGGUGCGACGCAUUUACAUCAUCGAACAGAUGCAGAAAAUGAAAAUCUACAAACGUUUGUCGGAAGUGAUGGGCAUCAAUGACGAACCAAUGCUGCUGAGCGUGAUAAAUCGGAAAAUAAUAACAAAUUUAAAAUUUUGGGGUCAUUCGGAGAAAAUUAUAAAAAAGACUUUAAGCCUGCUAAACGAGCUGUCGAUCAGCUACAGUUGUGUGAGAAAAUUGGUCAAACUGGAGGAAAUUAAAUUCAUAUUAAACAAUCACACGAGUGAACAUUUUUCCUUUUUGGGCACAAAUAUUGCUGUUGGUGAGAUGCGAUCGAGGAGCAUGUUCUACACGUCAUUGGGCAGAUUGUUAAUGGUUGACCUCGGUGAAGAUGAAGAAAGAUUUUACAAUUUCAUGUUACCUAUUACAAAUUCAUUUGAAUCGAUUGGAUCGAUCCUGAUGGACACGAAUGGCUAUCCCAGUGAUGAAGCGAAAAAAGCGUUGAUCGGCCUGUCACGAGAUCUUAGAGGCUUAGCCUUCUCGUCGAACACGCGCGCUUCGUAUAUGAUGUUCUUUGACUGGAUCUAUCCCGAUUAUACACCAAUUUUGAUUAGAGCCGUGGAAUUGUGGGCACACGAUCCUGCCGUUACGACGCCCGUUUUAAAAUUAUUUUCUGAAUUAGUACAAAAUCGUUCGCAGCGAUUACAAUUUGAAGUUUCUAGUCCAAAUGGAAUUUUAUUGUUCAGAGAGGCAUCCAAAAUUAUUUGUUGUUAUGGAACUCGAAUUCUGGCACUUGAUGUACCAAAAGAUAAACAGUACCCACUUCGGCUGAAAGGCAUCUCGGUGUGUUUUAUUAUGUUAAAAGCUGCGUUGUGCGGAAACUAUGUCAAUUUCGGUGUUUUUAAAUUAUACGGCGACGACACAUUAGAUAAUGUUUUAAACAUUGCUGCCAAAUUAAUUCUUUCAAUACCUCAAUCAGAUCUAUUGGAAUAUCCAAAAUUGUCACAGUCAUACUAUUUGUUGUUGGAGUGCUUGGCACAGGAUCAUAUAUCAUUCUUAGCAACACUGGAACCCAAUGUCUUUCUAUAUAUUCUGGAAAGCAUUUCCGAAGGUCUAACAGCGCUCGACACAACAAUAUGCACAGGCUGCUGUUCCACAUUAGACAACAUAGUUUCAUAUAUUUUUAAGCAAUUGGUGCCAACAUUCCCCACAAAGAAACUUAGAAGAAAUAAUCUACCUGAGAAUGAUAUGUUCCUUAAGGUGAUGAAAUUGCAUCCAGAGAUACUCCAGAGGAUACUCUCGACUAUUUUAAAUGUUGUGAUGUUUGAAGAUUGCAAAAAUCAAUGGUCAAUGUCUCGUCCGUUACUAGGCCUUAUACUAUUGUAUGAGGAUUAUUUUAGAUCGUUAAAAGAAAAUAUAAUCAGAGUGCAGGCAAUAGACAAACAACAACCGAUGGCUCAAUGGUUUGAUAAUUUAAUGACUGGCGUUGAACGAAAUUUGUUGGUGAAAAAUAGGGAUAGAUUUACCCAAAAUUUGUCAUUCUUCCGUCGUGACGUUAAUGACAGUCUGAAAGCGGCUAACUUCAAUGCAACGUCAACGUCAAUAAAUGAUAUGAUUGUUUCGUAGUCUUUUUUGAUUAACGAUGAAUUUACAGCAGCAUUUUUAUAACGACAGAAAAACAGAAACGAUGGAGAAAAGAAUAAUAAACAAUUUAAUAAAAACAAA